CCCUCGCUUCUCUGGGCGUUGAUGGACCCAAACCUGGACACCCAAGAGCCUCAGCCUCAGCCGCAGCCGUACCCGUACCCGACCCGACCGCAAAACGGCCAACACCCCGACGGCGACGAUCUUAUGCCACCGGACCCGCUGCUACGAUCAGACGCCUACAUCGAAGUUGACAUGGAGGCCACGCCGCUCCGGUCCCGCGUUGUCGUUGACCCACCGGAGAUGUCGGAGGACACUGUGACAGAUCAGGCGGCCGACUCCUCGCAGCGGCGAGCGAGGAGGAAGAUGCUCCCGGAGGACGCGGCCGAGCGUCCGGCCUGGUUGCCGGAGAACUGGAAGAUGGAAUUGAGAGUUCGGAACUCUGGAGCCACUGCUGGAUCGAUUGAUAGGUAUUAUAUUGACCCAGUUUCAGGCAAGAAGUUCCGGUCAAGCAAAGAAGUGCUUCACUAUUUAGAAACAGGAACCAAACGAAAGCCAUCCGACAGCCCUGGGGGGAGCCAGAAACAAAAGAAGAGCAGUCCAAUGCCUAAGAAGGCCCCUCCUUUCUAUUUUGAUUUUGAGAACCCACCGCAGAGCGUAAGCUGGGUUCAGACAAAUGCUCCAGGCGACGCUUGGACGCCGUAUAGUUGUCAUGGCAUGGUUCCAGAAUGCAUUCGGAAUGAAUGGAGUACAGUAUUCUCUAGUGUCACGCAAGUGGUGGGGCAGAAGAACGCACCUUUGAAGGACAAGAAGUCGUGAUCCUAGCAAUGGAACUCACGAUGAACCGUGAACUUAACUUUUAAGGCUUCAAUCUUCUCUUUAAAGAUGAUCAAAAUGCUUGGACUAUGGUGAAGUACUUUUUGUAACUUAAACUUGUAACUAAAUGAUGCACAGCUACGAUAUGACCUGCGUGUCUUAAAAUACCUGUACCACUAGUUACUCUAUUCAGUGUCCUUUCACAGUAGUGUCUUAGCAUGUUAUGGCUUUGUUGUUUGCGUAGGACGAGUCUGAAUGCACAUGUUAUAACAAUAGGACAUUUGAUUGCUAUUUUUCUGUAACUUUUAAUGAUAUUUAGCACUUUGUUAUGGUC